AUGAAUGUACGGUCAGCGAUCGACUUAGACCUGAAUCAACGGCCAGAAAUCCUCGUCGCGAUCGAGGAGAGCUUAUCGCGAUGCCUCGUCCAAUCAGAUCUCGAGGGCGUGCCUGGGGUCGGGCCGAAGCAAGAGGGGAAGGUUCGGGACGUGUACACUGCCAAGCCUGCGGCAGGUUCGGCGGCGAGUAGCGACAGCAACAGCAACACGGACGAAGAACUGCUUGUGGUGGUAACCACAGAUCGUCAAAGCGCGUUCGACCGGAUUCUCGCGUCCGUACCGUUCAAAGGGCAGGUGCUGAACCAGACCAGCGCGUGGUGGUUCGAGCAGACGGCACCCAUCGUACCCAACGCCUUCCUCUCUUCGCCCGAUCCCAACGUCACCAUCUUCCGGAAAUGCAAAGUCUUCCCCGUCGAGUUUGUCGUGCGUGGAUACAUCACGGGCACCACCAGUACGUCCCUGUGGACCGUAUACAGCGAUGGGGCUCGGUCCUACUGCGGGAACGACCUGCCUGAAGGUCUGUGCAAGAACGACCGCCUAUCAGCCAACAUUCUGACCCCCACCACCAAGGCAGCCGAUCACGACGAGCCAGUCACACCAGAGGAGAUCGUCUUGCGCGGGCUCAUGACCCGGGAGGAGUUUGAGACCACCAGGGACUUGGCUCUAAAGCUGUUUGCUUUCGGGCAGCAGGUGGCGGGGGAGCACGGGCUGAUUCUUGUGGAUACGAAAUACGAGUUUGGGAAGGAUUCUGACGGCAACAUUCGACUCAUUGAUGAGCUGUUUGCGUUCGGACAGCAGGUGGCAGGGCAGCAUGGGCUCAUUCUUGUGGAUACAAAAUACGAGUUUGGGAAGGAUUUGGAGGGCAACAUCCGAAUAAUAGAUGAGCUUGAGAUGACCCGGGACUUGGCGGUGAAGCUGUUGGCAUUUAGACAGCAGGUGGCGGGGGAGCAAGGGCUCAUUCUGGUGGAUACCAAGUACGAAUUUGGGAAAGAUUCAGAUGGGAACAUGUCACUGUAA